AUGGCCGACAAUGGAGUUCAUCAACCUACCCAGGCCGAACUUAUGGCCCAGAUGGCUGAACUGCAGGCGGAAGUGAAAAGACUUGCCGAAUUAUCCACUCAAAACAACGCUGGCAAGCAUGAGGACAAUGGAUGCAAAGGAAAAGGCAGUGCAGACCUAUUGAGUGUCGACCCACCGAAGGAGAAACUGACCUUAGACAACCCGUUCUCCGAGGAGAUUACCAAUUACCAGAUGCCAAAACACUUCACACUACCUUCCUCACUCGAGCCAUAUAAGGGGAUUGGUGACCCCCGGGCUCAUAUUAAAAAAUUUCAAUCUAUGAUGUUCUUUAAUGGCCCUAACAAUGAACCUGUUCUUUGCAGAGCUUUCCCUAUUUACCUCGAUGGCGCAGCUCUCCUUUGGUUUUCAAAACUACCUGAAGGAUCAAUCUCUUCUUUCAAGGAGUUGGCAAAAUCUUUCAUAGACUACUUUGCUGCAGCACGGAUUUACGUACACGGAUCGGAUUAUCUCGGCACCAUCCGCCAAGGUCCCCAAGAAAGCUUAAAAGACUAUUUGACCAGAUUCGCAGAUGCAACAAUGGAGAUACCCGAUCUAGAUCCCGCCGUCCAUCUGCAUGACUUAAAAGUCGGCCUCAAGCCUGAAAAAUUCAGAGAAACAAUUGUAGUCACAAAACCGAAGACCUUAGAAGAAUUCCGAGAACGUGCGGCCAGGCAAAUGCAGAUUGAAGAACUCCGUGAGGCUGAAGAGGCAGAAAGAAGGCAGCCCAGAAGAGAGGAAAGCCGAGCGAUGAGGUCGACCGAUAGAAAACACCCUAGGAAACCGUUUAAGCUUACUCCAAAGUUCGACAAUUAUACCGGGUUCAACACCAAAAGAGAGAAGAUAAUUAAAGAAAUACUCAACGCUAAAAUCAUAAAACCACCAUUGAGGGCAGGGAACUACCAAGACCAGCGAUUUGUCGACCGAAGCAAACAUUGCACCUUCCACCAGAAAUACGGACACACAACCGACGAGUGCGUAAUAGCUAAAGAUCUGCUAGAGAGAUUAGCUCGGCAAGGACUCCUAGAUAAAUAUAUCGAAGGUAGAAGACAUAAAGACAAUAGCAGAGACCGAGAUGAACGCCAACAGACCUCGGGGAACAAAGAAGAAUAUAAGUGGCCACACAACGCACCACCAAAGGCCAUCAUAAAUUGCAUAUUCGGAGGAUUCUCCGGGGGAGGGGAAACAACCUUAGCACGAAAACGAAGUUACCGAGCAAUGCUGGCAAGGAACAACACCACAAAAUAA